AUGACAUUGAAAACUGUAUACAUUGUGCGCCACGGAUACCGGUCGAACUGGCUGCCGCUAGAGCAACAGGUGGCUCCGCCAACCGGGGUCGACAGUGAUCCGCCCCUUGCUCCGCAUGGGGUCGACCAGGCGAAGGAGCUGGCGGUGUUCCUCUCGAGAGACUUGGCUGCCCGCCAGCUUCCGGUGCCGCAGAUGAUCUUCUCGUCGCCGUUCUACAGAUGCGUCGAGACGAUCCACCCAACUGCCCAGGCGCUUGGACUCGAAAUCCACCCGGAGAGGGGCUUGGGCGAAUGGUUCAAGCCGAACCGGCAGGUUGUGCCUGUGCCGGUGGACCAUGCGAUGCUACACACGUUUUUCGAAACAGUGCCCUCGGACAUGGACUGGCUCUGGGACACGGUGGUGCCGAGCGUGAAGGGGGAGACGGAGGAGAGCAUCUUCCAGCGGUGCCAGACGUUCUGGGCCCGGUUCAUUCCAAAGUUUGAGCAGAAGCACCCCGACGUGGAGUGCAUUGUGCUAGUCACACACGCUGCGACAAAGAUAGCGCUCGGGAUGGCGUUGGCCGGGUACGGGAGCACGCGUGAGUUCCUCACCGAAAAGGACGGCGGCGACGGCAAGACGACCCGGAUCGGCGGCAGCACCUGCUCGGUGGAUGCCUACAGACGCAACGUGGCGCACAACACGUGGAACAUGUUCAUGAACGCGGAGACGUCGUUCUUGAGUCUCGGCCCUGAGAUGGACUGGCAUUUUGCGACAAGCCAGUUCGAGGCCGGCAGCAAGGAAGACGUCGAGUACCGGGCGAGACUCCAGCAGGAGCAGAGCCAGGCGAAUAGCCGACACGCGAGGCAGUGCAAAUUCUGA